AUAAUUGACCGAAAGUCCAGGCAUAAAAAAGGAGCGAUUGAGGGCAGCGCCUGGAGCGUUAAGAAAAAGAGGAAGCGGAAGAUUCGCGAGUGGAUCGAGGGUCGUGACUGGUUAGUUACUUGGAAUUUUUCUCAACACCCCCAAAACGGCAACCCGUCGUCGUCUUCGUGGUGGUGUUGCUGGGGCUCCGCCGAGAAAUCGCGUAAGGUAUCGUCGGUACCAUCGUCACCCGCGGGAACAGCUGCUGGGGUGUCACCGGUCUCAGGGACAGGAAUACCCUCGGCGUCGUCUCUGCCAUCAUCACCAUCGCCGUCGUCAGCUUCUGGAGUUUUUUCAAAACGACUGCGCAUCGGGAACCUCGAAAUGGAAGAGAAGUCAUCCGCCCGCUUCUCUGAGUAUCUCUUCGCUAAGAUGGGUGGCCAGGAUGUCUCGGCCUCCCAGGGGCCCCGCAAGGUGACAGCCGAUACUAGGAAGUGGAUCAGGGAAAACAUGCUUCUUCUUGUCACUUUGUCUGGAGUUGUUCUUGGGGUUAUUUUAGGAUUCGGAUUACGGCCCCUAGGACUUAGCGAUGACACGGUUAUGUUAAUUAGUUACCCUGGUGAACUAUUUAUGCGAUUACUCAAGCUGAUGAUCUUACCGCUAGUUAUUGCAAGCUUAAUUUCUGGUUCUGCAAGUUUAAAUGCCAAGAUGAAUGGCAAAAUAGCUGUGAGAACUCUAGUGUAUUUUAUAUUAACCUCUUUGCUAAAUGCAAUUCUUGGUGUUGCACUGGCGUUGUUAAUUCAUCCCGGAAAUUCGGGGAUGAAGGAUUCUAAUGCAAUUUCUACCCAUGCUAGGGCUGUUAAUAUUUUGGAUAGUCUUUUGGAUUUAGGAAGAAAUAUGUUCCCGGACAAUUUAUUCCAAGCGGCGUUUCAACAAGCGCACACUGUUUACGUGCCCAAAAAAUUGCCGCUUCAGAACGAGAGCGAUAGAGUUGAAUCGACAAGUGGAAGUGGAGCUGUCGCUAACCCCGACGAAGAGCUAGUGAGAGUUAUUCAGUACAGAAGUGGCACCAACACGCUUGGAAUUGUCUUUUUUUGUUUGGUAUUUGGCACAUUUUUGGGAACGCUCGGCGAGAAAAAGGGACAAGUUGUUAUAGAGUUUUUUAAGGCCGUCUUUGAAGUUAUUAUGCGGAUGGUCUCAACUGUUAUGUGGAUGACACCAAUCGGUAUAACAUCAGUAAUAGCAGGAAAAAUUCUUGGCGUAGAUGAUCUAGCUCUAGUAAUGUCCCAGCUAGCCUGGUUCAUCGUCACUGUGGUCAUCGGUGUCUUCUUUUACCAGCUGGUUAUCAUGCAGCUAAUUUACCUGGCGUUUGUGCGCAAGAACCCCUUUAAAUUCUACGCCGGGCUCGCUCAGGGGACUCUUACUGCGUUCGCCAUGGCAUCAACGGCUGCUGCAUUACCUGUGACCUUUCGUCUGAUGACCGACAAACUAAGAGUUGACCCGCGAGUUACGCGAUUUGUCUUGCCGAUUGGCUGUAACAUCAACAUGGACGGUACGGCUUUGUUUGUUGCAAGUGCAACAGCGAGUGUAUCAUCGGCAUCAGUACCAAGCGCAGCAUUAGUACUAUUACUUGUAGUACUAAGUGCGAUCGAUGCGCCUGUGCAAGACGUAUCACUUUUAUUUGCUAUUGACUGGUUUGUAGACCGAGUAAGAACAACAAACAACAUGUUGGGUGACUGCUAUGCUGCUGCUGUGGUUGAACAAUUGUCAAAAAAAGAACUAAUGGCUCUAGAUGCAGCCGCUUAUCAAUCGGAAACUGUUUUGCCAACGACGAUAGCCAAUGGGUGUUUAUCUGCUAACCGAGUACCGGAUCCUGAUACGAUUGUUGUUGAAAUGCAAGAUGAUACCAGGAUAAGCCCCAUCGCCAAUAUUUCCAACCUUCCAGCACAGCUAGCGGGGAAUGUGAUAGAAGAGACUGUCUGA